AUGGACUGCUUGCCAGAGCCGGAUGAAAAUGAUGAUCCUCGUUUCAUACGGGCCGUUCAAAGACAGCAGCUCCCUGCGGCAUCUCUAAGCGAUCCCACGCCCGUUCUUCCGCAAGCGAGUCCCUUCCGCACCCCAGAUCCGCCACGCACAGCGCUGCUUCCGCCAUUCCCCGGAAGAAUCGCCCGUUUUGCCGCGACCGUUUCCCCGAGCCAGCUCCCCCGCGCGUACUCCGGGAAUACCGUUCCCGCGGCGGCAUCCAGCACUAGCAGCAGCGGCGGAACCGGCAGCAGCGCACAGAGCCGGCAGUCGGGGCUCCGCCUGGCGCGGCGGUUGGAUUUGGCGGCGGGGGAGAGCGGCGCUGCUGGCGGAGAAGGCGGGGGGUUCCGCGGAAGUAGUGGUGGUGGCGGCGUCCGCGAGCAGCCCCGCGGGCGCAAGCAGCGGCGGAUUCUACCGAGCGAGGAUGAGGUGAAAGCCGCAGCCGCUGGCCACUUGGGUGGCCACGUGGCUGGCCAAUUGGGUGGCCACGUGGCAGGCCACGCUGCUGCCUUCAACUUGGGCACAGCAGGGGGAGGAGCAAAUGCAGGAUACAGAGGGGGAGGAGGAGGGGGAGGGGCUGUCUGGGAAGGAUUUUCUGGAGGAUCAACCAAUGCUGCUGCGGAUCUGGACGUUCUAAGGCAUGGGAGUGACUUGCACUCUCAAUUAGCCCACCUGCUGCGCCAAAACGCUGCUGCUGUCACGGCUGCCGCUGCAGGCACUACUGGUGCUAACCCAACCUCUGCUGCUGCCGUCUUCCCAGCAGGCAACGCUAUGGGGUUUCAGGAAACGGGUUUAGGAGGGAAUGCUGUGGGCUUUAGGCAGGAAGGAGAGGGCGGGAGGAUGGAGGGUGGGGUGCAGGGUCGGGAGGUGGAUAGAAGACUGAUCAUGUGGGAUUUGGGUAGAGGGGUGGACGGACGGAUGGGAGGAGGCAUGGGAGGAGGUGUGAGUGGGAGAAUGAAUGAGGGAAUGGGGGGAGGAUUUGGGGAAGGGAUGGGUGGGGGAGUGAAUGAGGGAGGCAUGAAUAUGGUGAGAGGCGGCAGGAUGGCAGGGCAGGGCACAGCGCUACCACAGACUCCAAUCAUCCCCACCAAUCUCAGCGCUUCUCUUUCUCUAGGCGCCGCUACAGCCGCGGAAUUCCACCGUGCAGCCCCGGGUUUCUGCAUGGCGGCACCGCUACAGCCGCUGGCAGGAGGCUCUCUGGGCGGCGGCGGUGGCGGUGGUGGUGGUGGGUUGCUGUAUGAGUGCAGAUUCUGCGGGAAGGGAUUCGCGCAGUCGCAGGCGCUUGGAGGACAUAUGAACACUCACCGCCGAGGGGCCAUGCCUCAUGCAGGGGCCAUGCCACAUGCAGGGGCCAUAGGGUCCAUUGCAUUCCCACAGGGCCCAGCAGUCAACGUUGAACCCAACCCAGCAGCAGCAGCUGGUGAAGCGCAGAGAGCAAUGCAGGGUCAAGGCUCCUCCUUUCAAGGCCACUCCCUUCAAGCCCCCUCCCUUCAAGCCCCCUCCCUUCAAGCCGCCUCCCUUCAAGAUCCAUCCAUCGCUUCUCUUCUGGUACAGGCCCAGAACCAGGCAGCAGUAGGUGCGAUGCAGAGAGCAAUGCAGGGACAAGGUCCCUCCUUCGCCGCCCCCUCCAUUCAACAUCCUUCUCUUCAAGAUUCCUCUUACGCAACUCUGCUAGCACAGAUUCAGAACCAGGCAGCAGCGCAACGAGAAGCAGCAGCACAACAGCAGGCAGCAGCGCAACAGCGGACAGCAGCGCAACAGCAGGCAGCAGCGCAACAACACGCAGAAGCACAACAGCAGUCAGGCACCACACUCACAGGGCGAGCAGCAGCGCACGCCAUCCCAAUCGCAGAGGGAAGGAUCUUAGAGGCACUUGCGGAAUCUACUUCAGCUCAUGCUGCACCAAGGUCCUCAGCACAUGCCGUUGAAAGUGCUCAAGCAGUCUCCGUUCCAGCUGCUGCUGCUGCAGCAGCAGCAGCAGCAGCAGCAGCAGCAGCAGCAGCAGCAGCAGCAGCAGCAGCAGCAGCAGCAGCAGCAGCAGCAGCAGCAGCAGCAGCAGCAGCAGCAGCAACAGCAGCAACAGCAGCAGCAGCAGCAGGCGGCGGCAGGACAAGGAGCGGGAUUUAG